UAGUUAAAUCUAACUGAAUCAGUAAUAUGAAUGUGUAAACAAGAUUGUUUUAUUAUCGUGCCCCAACUUUAGACACGUAUGUAAUAAUUACUUUGCAUAUUCGAACUGUACACUUUCAAGUUUUCCACUAGAUAUGCCAACACCAGGCUUGCAAAACCCCAAGAUAAUGAAAAUCCUGUUCUAUAGUAAGAACUAUCAAAAACUUAUGUCAAGAUGGCACUUUACAAAUGCUUCUGUAGGAUAUUCAUAAGGCCAGAUGAAAUUGUGUAUAGAUACUUGAGUACUACAUUUCAGAAAUAUAAUAAUGUGGAAACAAAUAAAUCGGAAGCGAAUAACGACAGUAAAACGACACAUUUUGGCUUCGAAACUGUCAAGGAGGAUGAGAAGGCACAGAAAGUGCAUACAGUGUUUGAAAAUGUUGCAAAUUCCUAUGAUUUAAUGAACGAUGCUAUGAGCUUGGGUAUACACAGAAUUUGGAAGGAUAUUUUCAUACAAGAGCUUGCUCCGACACAUGGUUCACGUUUACUGGAUACUGCUGGUGGCACAGGAGACAUAACGUUUAGGUAUUUGAAUUAUUUGAAGAAUUCAAAGAAUCCAAAAGGUGUGCAGAGCCAUGUGACUGUGUGCGAUAUUAAUCAGAACAUGUUAGAUGUUGGUAAGACGAGAGCUGAACAACAGGGAUGGACAUUGGAGAAUGGCUAUAAUAUUGUUUGGAAGCAUGGUGAUGCAGAGAAUUUGCCAUGUGAAGACAAUUCCUUUUCUGCUUAUACAAUAGCAUUUGGAAUAAGAAAUGUCACUCACAUUGAUAAGGUUUUAUCGGAAGCUUAUAGGGUGCUGCAACCAGGUGGUCGUUUCUUGUGCUUGGAAUUUAGUCAUUUAAACAAUGACUUAAUGCAAUGGGUAUACGAUAAGUAUUCCUUUCAAAUGAUACCAGUUAUGGGAAUGUUAAUUGCUGGACAGUGGCAACCUUAUCAAUAUUUGGUAGAAAGUAUAAGGCGAUUUCCAAAGCAAGAAGAUUUUAAGGAUAUGAUUGAGUGCGCCGGUUUCCGACAAGUGACUUAUACGAAUUUAACAUUUGGAGUCGUAGCAAUACAUUCAGGAUUUAAGCUAUAAAAGGUACAUUAAAAUUGAUAAAUGUAUCGAUAAAAAUAAACAUGUAAUUAAAUAAAGAUUUUGUUCCACUUA